AGUUCAGGAAGAGAUUUUUAAUCAAUAGAAAUGAUCUCGAAUGGGUUGAUGCUUCUUGAUCGUGGAAAAUCGAAGGCGAGCUCUUCUCUUCUAUGCUGCGUUUCACAACAAAAUUUCUGCGCAGAACUUCCCCCAAGUCCUCCGAGAUCUUACAGCCGCCGCCGAUUCCCCUUCUCUUUCAGAACUCUUUCGGGAAACACAAACAGGAAUGACUUCCUCUGGUUCGCUAUGUCUCGGGUCUCGUAUCGAGUCCGAGCUUAUCGUUAUGGAGGCGGAAGAAAGAGAUGACCAAAGAGGGAUUGAUUGCAGCCAAGGAGCUGAAGCGGUUCCGCUCCGAUCCUGUCCGCCUUGAUCGUUUCAUCCGGUCCAAUGUUUCCCGGUUCCUGAAAUCCGAUCUCCUUGCUGUUCUCGCAGAGGUCCAGAGGCAGCACCAGGUUUUCCUUUGAAUGAAGUUAUAUGAUGUGGUGCGCAAGGAAAUAUGGUACGGGCCAGACAUGUAUGUUUACCGGGACAUGUUCAUGAUGCUUGCUAGAAACAGAAAGGUAGGUGAACCGAAGCUGGUUUGGCAAGAUAUGAAGAAAGAGGAAGUUUUGUUUGAUCAACAUACCUUUGGAGACCUUGUUCGAGCCUUCCUAGACAGCGGGCUGCCCUCACAGGCAAUGGAGAUAUAUGAUGAAAUGAGACAAUCACCAGAUCCCCCAUUAGCCCUGCCUUUUCGUGUCAUCUUGAAAGGGCUCCUCUCUUAUCCAGAAUUAAGAGAGACGGUCAAAGACGAUUUCUUGGAGCAUUUCCCUGACAUGAUCGUGUGUGACCCACCAGAAGACUUGUUUGGAGACAGUGAGGAUGUAAUAGAACUUCCUGCUAAUGCAAUAUUCUAUGCAUUUGUUCAAUAUCUAAGCGUAAAGUAAAUUAGCAGUCGCCAUCUUAUUACGUGUUCUGCCUUUAGAAAGCCAGGCCCACGGCGGCUAGAGAGUCCUGAACGGUGACUGUAGGCGGCGGCGCUGACAUUAACUUUCCGAGUCCGACCACAAUGCUUCUGUAACCCAUGAACUACUACGGAUUGUUCACCUACCGUUAAAGAGAAUUAAUCUUCGGCUUAAACUAAAAGUCAUGGAACAGAACAUUAUCAUUAAUUAAUGAUAAUCACAGACGAAUUUUCUGAUAAAAAAACUGUUUACAG